CAUCAAACGACUUAAAUGCCCCGUGCUGUCUUUGACGAGAAUUUGCGCUGGGUGCCGUGCCGGAAGCGAGGCGGGAUAAGGUUCACCAUCAACGGGUUCCGGUAUAUCAACCUGGUGCUGAUCUCGAAUGUGGCGGGGGCCGGGGACAUCGUGCGGGUGAGCGUGAAGGGGGCGAGGACCGGGUGGAUAAGAAUGAGCCGCAACUGGGGCCAGAACUGGCAGUCCAACGCCGUGCUGGUCGGCCAGGCGCUCUCCUUCCGCGUCACCGCCAGCGACCGGCGCUCCUCCACCUCCUGGAACAUGGUCCCCGCCGACUGGCAGUUCGGCCAGACCUUCACCGGCAAGAACUUCAGGGUCUGAGGAGCGAAGCCUCUUUUAAUUCAACGUUUUGUCCUCGCCGCGCCAUUUUCCCACUCUCCUGCAGAAAAUACCCUGUUCCUUUUCAUUUUCUCGUUUUGCUGUUUUAACUCGUAAGGUGGAAUGUUAGAAGACAUCCUAGGGCUGAGGAGGCGUCUGCAAAAGCACGUGGCCCGCAGCUGAUAUGGCACCUAUGAAGCACUAGUAGUAGACCAGUAACAUUAUGCUCGAGCAAGUUUGAGUAUGUGUAUCUAUAAUUUAUAUAUAUAUAUAUAUAUAUGUAUGUGACACGUUAUAUUUCUCUUACAUUAUGUAACCAGCAAGUGUAAUGUAGUCGAAUCUAUAGCUGAAUUUGGAAUGGAAUUUGUGUUUGCCUCGUCA